ACCAUCAUGUUAUUAAAAGCUGUAAUCCUCAUCGGGGCAUUAUUUGCCUGCCAAGGUGCUUAUUCGCAAAAGCAGGCGAUCGAUUUAUUAAACGAAAUAUCAAAACCUCCGAUACUCAAAGCGUUACAACCGUUCCCGAAUAGAAUUAAAGUUUAUUCGCCCAUCUCUAUAGAAAGAGGUUAUGAAUUAUGGAUGGAUAGACCCACGAAAGAUAUCCAAGAAGACGACGACUUUGUAAACGAAAUUAUGAAUGUUCUCGGAAACGACGGUUACCACAACCGUGAUGUUUACUAUAAAAUAACAGAUGACUGCCUCAAAAAAAAUAACGAAACAUGUGUUAAACAUCAUGUAGAUAAUAAUAAUUUCACAGGAAAAUACCCUAAUAACUUUUUGACAAUCUUCAAUGAUAAUAAAAUCAAUCCUGAUGAUAUUGAAAAUAAUAUGAAUAUAUGCAUCGACCACGUCAAUGCUUCUAACGUUUCGCAAAUGAUCGUUAUAGAAUUAUCUAAAUGCGUUAAAACCGCAGUCAAAUAAUGCAUUUUAAGAUAUUUUUCUUUCACUUUCUUUUUUUAUUCCAUAUUUUAACAAUUGUGUAUGUCAAGUAACAUAUUAACGUAAUUAUACAAAAAAAUUAAAUAACUAAUUUUAAUUUUAACAUUUCUUUUAAAUAUUUUUUUAAUU